UAGUGUCUUCGAUUGUUUUUGCAGCACUACUUUUGCGUUGAUAUUUCAGCCGGACGUGUUUUGCGGGAGCGCGUCAAUUAACCGAAUCAAUUUACCGUGCGUCUGCGUCGUUGUAGCAAUAAUAUUGAAAAGGCUAUCGAUCGUUUAAGAAACGCAAGGACGACGAGGACGACAGCUGUUAGACGUUAGACGUUAAGGCUAACAACACCACACCGAGAAGAGAGCACAGUAAUUCCGUCGUAGAUUACAGAGGAGCCUCCUUUGUGUGUGCGUGUGUGUGUGUGCGGCGUGUGUGUGUGUGUGGCGAGUGACGUGUGGAGGUGUCUGUCGCAUUGACAGAGUCAAAGUCAAUCAAAAUGUCUUCGCCAUUAGCACAGAACAACAACAGCAGCAGCAACAGCAGCCAAUCGCCGUCGCAGUCAGCAGCGACGGCAGCAGCGCAGCAGCAGCAAAAUCAAAAGCCAAAUUCUGCUGUCGCUGGCAGCGUUAAUAACACACAUGAUAAGAAUGCAGGUGGAACGACGGGGACGACUGCGGCAGCAUCAACAACUGCAGCUGGCGGAGGAGCUGGUGCUGGUGCAGGAGCUGGGGCAGGAGCUGGAGGUGGUGGCGCCACAACUGGCGGUGCACCACAAAGUCCCACAAAACGCAGCACAAUAUCCACAAAGGAGCGUGUGAUCGAUAGCGUACCCUUUCCACCCAGCCGCAAAUUGACCAUCGCCGAUGUGUUCGAUGCACGCACCGGUAAGCCACAGCACGACGUACUUAAGCAGCACUUCAUCCUGGAGGGACGCAUCGAGGAGAGCGCCGCAUUGCGGAUCAUCCAAGAGGGCGCCGCCUUGUUGCGGCAGGAGAAGACAAUGAUCGAUAUUGAGGCGCCGGUGACCGUCUGUGGGGACAUCCAUGGACAGUUCUAUGAUCUGAUGAAACUGUUUGAGAUCGGUGGAUCACCGGCAACGACAAAAUAUCUGUUCCUUGGCGAUUAUGUGGACCGAGGCUAUUUCAGCAUUGAGUGCGUCCUGUAUUUGUGGUCGCUGAAAAUCACGUAUCCGCAGACGCUGUUCCUGCUGCGGGGCAACCACGAGUGCCGCCAUUUGACCGAGUACUUCACCUUCAAGCAGGAGUGCAAGAUCAAGUACUCGGAACGCGUCUAUGACGCGUGCAUGGAUGCGUUUGACUGCCUGCCGCUGGCGGCUUUAAUGAACCAGCAGUUCCUCUGCGUCCACGGCGGUUUGUCGCCCGAGAUCCACGAGCUGGAGGACAUCAGGCGAUUGGAUCGGUUCAAGGAGCCGCCCGCCUUCGGCCCCAUGUGCGACCUGCUGUGGUCCGAUCCGCUCGAGGACUUUGGCAACGAGAAGAACACGGACUUCUACACGCACAACUCGGUGCGCGGCUGUUCGUAUUUCUACAGCUACGCCGCCUGCUGCGAUUUCCUGCAGAACAACAAUCUGCUGUCGAUCAUCCGGGCGCACGAGGCGCAGGACGCCGGCUACCGCAUGUACCGCAAGAGCCAGACGACCGGUUUCCCCUCGCUGAUCACCAUCUUCUCGGCGCCCAACUAUCUCGACGUGUACAACAACAAGGCGGCUGUGCUCAAGUACGAGAACAACGUGAUGAACAUCCGUCAGUUCAAUUGCUCGCCGCAUCCCUACUGGCUUCCCAACUUCAUGGACGUGUUCACCUGGUCGCUGCCCUUUGUCGGCGAGAAGGUCACCGAGAUGCUCGUCAACGUGCUGAACAUCUGCUCCGAUGACGAGCUCAUGACCGAGGAAGAGGAGCCGCUAUCGGAUGACGAGGGCCUGCGCAAGGAAGUCAUACGCAACAAGAUCCGGGCCAUUGGCAAAAUGGCGCGCGUCUUCUCAGUGCUGCGCGAGGAGUCGGAGUCAGUGCUGCAGCUUAAGGGGCUGACGCCAACGGGCGCUUUACCCCUGGGCGCCUUAUCCGGCGGCAAGCAGUCCCUCAAGAAUGCCAUGCAGGGCUUCUCGCCCAAUCACAAGAUUACCUCGUUCGCGGAGGCCAAGGGACUCGAUGCGGUCAACGAACGGAUGCCGCCACGUCGCGAUGCGACGCCAUCUCCGGCGGAGGAGGGCCAGAAAACACUGUCAGCGGCGGCAGCAGCAGCGGCCAAUGCGAAUGCAAAUUCAAUCAAUGGAUAAUCAGUAGAUGAAUAUGAAUAAGAUGAAGAGGAGAAGGUCAAGAAGAGCAGCAGCAGCAGCAGCAGCGCAGUUGCAGAGCAGUUGCAGCAGCAAAGUCAGUUUUAGAAGUCGACAGUUAAGUAAAAAGCAAAUGGUGAAGCAGUGCGUGCGAGUGGGA